AUGAUGAUGGACGCCGAGCAAAUCAAGCUCGAGGGCUAUCAGAAUUUUUAUCAGCAUCUCGUGAUGCCGCCACCUCAAGCUACCCAUAUUCCGAGCACCGAGGACCUGAUGGGCGGCCCGGAUUCCCCGGAUUCAGGCCUAGGUGGCAAAGACGGCAAGAAGGACCAGGACCGCGUGAAGCGCCCGAUGAACGCCUUCAUGGUGUGGAGCCGCGGGCAGCGCAGGAAGAUGGCCCAGGAUAACCCGAAGAUGCACAACUCGGAAAUCUCAAAGCGAUUGGGCACCGAGUGGAAGAUGCUCAGCGACGUCGACAAGCGGCCGUUCAUCGAUGAGGCAAAGCGGUUGAGAGCGAUCCACAUGAAGGAACACCCCGACUACAAAUACCGUCCCCGUCGCAAGACGAAGGCCGUCCAGAAGAAGCCCGGUCAACUUCCGCUUGGAGGAGGCUUUUUGGACCAGAUGAAGCAGACGUACCCUCAGAUGCAAGCCAGCUGGCCGCAAGCCACCUCGCAGGCCUCCGCCUACUCGUACGACUACUCGACACUGUACUCGCGGCCAAACGGCUUCGAGAUGAUGAGCAACUUCCCCUCGUAUUUGGGUGGCUCGACGUCGCCGACGCAGUACGCCAACCCGUUCGCCCAGAGCUUUAUGCCGACGCUGCCGAAUGUGAAACUGGAGAAUGAGGGCCCGCAACCACCAGAAGCCAACGGCGUCCCACCCAGCGAAAGCCCGGAAGCAGCAGCGUACCGCGCCGCAGCGUACUAUGACGCGGCCAAGGACCCGUCUGCCUUCUACUCCGCAGCCCAGAACCUGUGGCCUUCCGGUUUGACCGACAUGACCGGCGCGUUGACCGGGGCCAUGAACCAGCAACUUCCCCAGGCAUUAUCCCAGCCAAUCCACCAUUUGGCAUCAUCU